GAUGCUACCGUCAUUCCUAUUGUCAAAGAAUAGUUUUCAUUUAAAGAAAACGUGACCUGUCCAGAAGACUGGGUGAAUUUUUUUAAUACUGAAUUUCUAUUUCUUACUUACUUAUUUAUCUUCUAAAAAAAUAUUUGGCGAAAAUGACGCUUACCUAGACACUUUAAGGUUUGUGAGGAAUUUUGUCAAGUUCAAUUUUAGCUUUGAAUUAUUUCAUUUUGUACAUACAAGCAAGCACCAAGAACAUUACAAUAUGAUAUUUUGCAUAACAUAUUGUGACACCUGUAUAGGGACCGUAGAAAGAACGAUAUUUUUGUGAUAUUUUCUUUCUAAUAUUUCGAAAAACUCGAUUCCUUAUAGUUCCUUAUAGAUAAUGUAAGAACUACUAAAACAGUAACACGUUAUUAAUAAGGUUUAUUUUUAUUGUCGUUGAAAAAAAAUAAACAUGAAAAGUAUCUUUCUUCUCCGACAGCAAUUCUUUAUGAAUUGUUAAAAGUUUUCAGUCGCAAAAUAAGAAUAACUCACUUGUAAAAAAAUGUAUUGACAUGGUAAUAUCUUUCUAUAGAAAAUAACAGUAUGUUAAUGUGUUCGGAAUGAUAAGUUGUAUGUCCGUCUGUGUGAUUUAUAAGGUCAAAAUUGUUUCGCAUACGUAUGUAAAUGGUAAAAGUUGUGUCUUUUUAUGUUAAUAUAGAAUGUUUAUGACAGGAAAGGCCGUACCGGCGACAGUAACCGUCAAAACAAAUCAACACCCUUUACAAUAUUUACAAAUUUAUUUACAUAAGAUGAUUAUUAACAAUGAAUAGAUAUGAAAAGAAAAAAAAAUUGAUUAUAAGAAAGAAAAAAAAGAAAGUUCAGUAUCUCUAGAUACAAAAGUUCUUAUACUUCCAUUCUAAUCUGACGUGACACAGGUCUUUAAUGUAAUUGUGAACUUUAAAUAGCACAAACAAAAUGUAGCUUCUAAAUUCAAAAUACAGUCCCUUUAAACCGUGAAUACGUUGAUUCCGUGUUGGCUCCCUAUGGUGGUAGGUGAUUGCAUCCCUGAGCUGACUUCAGAGGAUAACAAAAAUCAUCGUCUUUGCGGUUUACGGCACAACCAUGGGACGAAAGCUCUGCGCUGGGAAUAUCACAUCCAGGCGAGUGAAGACAAGUGAACCUCGGGCAUUGUACUUCCGGGUUAUGACAUCACCAGGAAAAUCGUCUGGCGGAAGAAGCUAAAAUAUAUAACAUAUGGUAAGCACCAUAGCAAAACAAAUAAGUCAGGGCAUAAAACUGCUCCUUUGGGUACACCAUACCUCCGUAGGCUCCCAUAAAUAAUACGUGCUACUUAUACAAAAUAUAUGUGCUACUAAGUUCAAACGUCACAUGAUUAAAAUACGUCACUUAUUACUUCCAUUAUUACAAAGAUUACUUACUUAAAAGACUAAAGUUAAAGUAUGAAAAAGAUAUGAAAAGUUUAUGAUGAAACAUUAUAGAUACGGACAUGAUAAACUGCAGCCAUUAUUUACAACUACAAAUUAACAAAAUUCAAUGUAAAUCAAACGUUAUAUGAGAGUUGGCAUCCAUAUAAUAUCUAAUGCCAUACACUACAACGGACAUUAAUUAGAUGUGCUAUAGACUGGCACACAAUUACAAAUUACAAUAAUAUAUUACAUAUAUGGUACUAGACUUGCCAUAUAGAUUUAUACAUAACAAUACAAUGCAGUAAUGGCGUUCCAUAAUUAACAAAAAUGUUUGACAUAAGUUUUUGAAACAGUGCUUUACAAUUAUCACGAUACAAAUUUCAGUAUAAAUUUUACAUCUUAUAUAAACGAAACAUUUAGACUCCUCUUUCUAAAUAAUUUACAAAAGUCUGAAAAAUUUAAUAAAUUAUCCUGACAUACCGAAACUAGCCAAAAUCAUAUGCCGAAAAGUAAAUGUUACAGAAUUCUGUAGAAUGAACAAAAAUUUACCAAAUAAAAAUUCGUAAUGCAAAAAUCAUACAAAAAUCUAACAAAUAAAUUUCUUACCUCGAUCGAGCAUAAAUUUCUAGCAAGAAAAUAAUUCAGACAUAGAUUCGUCUAUAAAGUCGUAAGGUGGUGUGCGCAAGGCAUAUCUAGUCCAGUCUAUUUAAAGGAUAAUGUCCCGCCAAAUACUAAAUUUCAUAGGAUUCACGGCUAAGCCGUGGACUCUUACUAUUUCUAUUUUCACGGGAUUCACGAUAUAGCCGGGGAAUCUAACUACUUUGGCGCGAAUUUAAAUUGACAAUUUGAGGCCCAUUAUAGUGGUUUUGGGGAUAAAAACAUAAAUUACUGAAGUUUAUAAAAUAUCAACUUUCUUAUUACUGAACAGAAUUUAAUGAAAUUUACAUGGAAAUUUAAGUUAUGAAAUACAGAAAAACAUGAGAGGUAUUUCAUGCGUGAAAUCUGACAUUUACCUCAAUAACUCAAAAAUUUACAAAAAGAUGAUGCAAUACCUGCAUUUACAAUACAUAUAAAAUAAGGCCCGUAUGUCAAUUUGUGACAAUGUUCCAUAGAAAAGGUUUUACACAUGUACAAGAAAAUUGAGUAAUACCGACAACAUCUUAUCAUAAAACGUCUUAUAUAACUAGUGCAUGCUAUAUGGCCGGUCUAUACACAACACAUGUUAACUAGGCUGACAAGUAAAACAGUGUCAAUAAAACUGUGAACAGUUUUGUUCUUCUGGACCUAGGGAAACAGUUUUGUCUACUGACCGGCAAGGCAAGCUUUAAUAAGUGUAUCAGAUAUAAGAUGUCUGAUCAAGUGUAGUUCGAGAAUAAAGAGUUUUGACUUGCUAGUGUGCGAACUUAGUUUUCAACCUUGAUGGAGCACAUGUAAUUUAGAAAUACACCGAUGCAUAUAUGUAGAACCCUCAGAUUAACGACAGAUAAUAUUUGUUCUAGCAGUAGAGUCAAUACGAUUCCGGGAAAGCCUUUGAUUUGGUUUCAGUGUCGAUAACAAGUAUAUGUACUAUACACCUGUACUAUGUAUUGAUGUGCAGGUAUAUUAUGUCCUGACGUUAGAUGAAUGCGUGCUACCUGGUAUAGCCAGAGUAGGUCAAAUAUGUUGACAGGAUAGUGAUCGAAUUAACAAAUAAUCAAGGCUUUCGAGUGGUUUAUCGUCUAUUCUAACACGAUCCGAUUCAUUUUCCUAUUAAACAAAGAAGGAAGAAAGCAGUGAAUUAUCAUACAACAAAUCACUGUUCUGACGUCACAAUUAUUACGUCAUGGCGUCAAGCGGCAUAGCGGCAUAGCGGCGCGCUGGAAAAGAAACCGGUUGAAAACGGGCAAAUAUUCAAUGCAUGUCAUCAAGGAUGUACUUUAAAAUCCUUUAUAACGUGUUAGAAUCGAAAUAAUAUAUCUCAUUUAGUGAUUUACUCUUGAAUAAAUCAUUGCUCGUGAUAUAAUUCCUUCGCAUCUGAACUCCAAGCAAUGAUUUACUCAACGACAAAUCACUGGAUGAGAUAUAUUAUUUCUUAAAUUUAUCAUGGUUCAGAGUUCAGAUGCGUAGGAAUUGAACCACGAGGGCGUUAACCCGAGUGGUUAAAUACUGAAGCAUCUGAACGAUGAACCGUGGUAAAUUAGACGAUAAAUCACAAGAGGGGCUUGAUUGUUUUCAUUCUGACAUGCUCAUUGACAUAUUAAUAUAAUAAAUAUUAUGCUGGACUUUAUUUACCCGUGGAGUAAUGUAUCGGACGUCAUGUGGCAAUUUGACGUCAUAAUAAUACUCUCUUACCGGUCCGCGCGUCAACCGUUGUUUAUCGCACAAUAUACAGAGCUUGAUUAUCUUCUUUGUUUAACUGGAAAUCAAAUCGAGUCAUGUUAGAACUUGCGAUAAACAAAAAGUUUAUAUACCCGUCCUAUUAUAAUUUUAAUGCGUUUUUAAUAUGUCAUUUCGUAUAGUUUACGGCUUAUAUUAGUCUCUCAUGUCAGCACUGAUGUAUGUUUUAUGCACGUAUAUAUUCAAGCUGCAUUAGCCAUGAAGGUUCUGCUUUACUAAUUUUAAUUUCUCUACAGGUGCCUUGUUUUCAAACUAAGUCUUGUUUUAAAACGUUAUUUGCCGAUUAAUAGCUUUUGCAGCGUUUUAAAACCCGACUCUAAGUACCGUUCCUUGCAUCUUGUAUAAUGUAUCACAUCUGAAGGCAUUUUCAGCUACAUUUAAAGACAAAAGUCCAACGUUUUUGACAAAUGGUCUUAUUUUUCCUCGUGAUAUUAUAGAUUAUUGUUUCAAAAUUACAAAAUAUACAGACAUUUUAAAACCUUAUCACACUUAUCAUACAUAUGUUAUGGAUGAACAGCCGUUAACAAGUUCUGACUAUCUGCUAAGUUUUUACUAUGAUGAUCAUUAUACAUUUACAGAGAGAUGAUAAAAGAUUAUGAACUGUUGUUUAUCAUUAAUUUUUAUCAGUGAUAUCUGUGCAAAUGAGGAAGUUAAUUACCUGAAAACGAAUUUCGGAUCGGAUCGGAUGUCAAUUAAUCAAUUAGAAAAUGAACGUGCUAAUAGGUGUAGUUUAUUUAGAGUCGAUUGUGAUAUUUCUUUGGAUUCUGUUUGUGGUGAUAAUCGCAAUAAAGAUAUAUAAAGGGCAUAUAAUUGUCGACAGGAAAAACCAAGUGGCGCCUGAAGGAGAAAUUACAUUACAAAAAUAUCAAAUUCAUUCCAUUAACAGAGAAAAACCAAAACAAGAUGCAGAUUACGUCCUUCAGGUGAAAUUGCUACAACAGGAACUCGAACGAGAAAGAUCAAAGGUUGCAAAACAAGAUGCAGAUUUCGUCCGUCAGCUGACCUUGCUACAACAGGAACUCGAACGAGAAAGAUCAAAGGUUGCAAGUCUGAAAGCGGAUCUUAGAAAAGAAACACAAGAGAAAGAAGAUGCUUUGAAACGUCUGAGUGCCAUCAUGUCAAGCCGUUUAAGGGACGGAAAUCCAAAUGUAGUAGAUCUCAGCGAUCAGAAUCGCCCAAUUAAAGUGGGAGAGCAGUUUUCAGAACUUUAUGACAAUCAAUGGACAGAUGCUUACAGUGCUUUAGAGUCUUUCUUUGGACACAGCAAGCCAGAACCUGAACUAAUAUCGGUGCUCUUAGAUAUUUUACAGCAAUGCUUUUCGACAUGUAAAGAGAAAGCCAACAGACAACUGACCGAACUGAAUGAGAACGUGACAAAAAUUACUACCAUCAUCACAAAGAAAAGUAGUAAACUGCCGACUGAUUUGAUGCAACGCAUAAAGGAGGAAAGGAAAAUGUUUGCUUCUGAUCAACCGACAGAAUGUGACAUGGUCCUCCAUACUUGUAAAGAACGCGUUUCAUCUCACGUCCAAGGUAAAAGUUUUCUUGAGGAAAAUUCAAUAAAACGUUUUGUACAGGAAUGUUUGAAGCUGUGCUGGUUGAUGGUCAUACAAGACCCUCCAAUGUCAAUUAUAACGAAACCUGAUGCCAAAGGAAAUGACAACUUUAAGGCCUACAAAACCAGAGGCAAACAUCUUGCAUUUGUUGUAUGGCCUGCAUUACUUUUAGAGGAAGGAGGGCCGCUGAUAAUGAAAGGAAUUGCAGAGUUUAGUGACGUGUCUACAGUAUCAGUUCAGAACAAUAAUGAAGAUUUUAAAUUUUGAGUUGCUUGAAACGAGUGGUGUCGGCAGUAACGUGACAAUUUUGUUGAUGUGAACGACUUUCAAUAUGUUUUGAAAUUAUUUAAAAUCUUUAACGUUAUUGUAGGCAUAUGUAAUCUGAACAAUAACAUUUCCUUCUGGUCUAGUGCCAGUGGACGAUCACUGCAAAUCAAACACACAUUCAGUCAAUCAGUUUUAACUUCCGCUAUAUCUGAAGGUUGUGCUUAAAACUAAUUUUGCUAUAUAUUCAUUUUCUCAUUUUAUACGAAAUCCAUUCAGUUUAUAUAAACCAAUGGUCAUAAAUGCCAAAACAUUGGAAAAGUAAAUACAAAAAGAGAGGUAAUGCUAAAGUCAUUAUAGAUGGUUCUCACCUAAUUGCAAGCUAACUUUAAUCUUAAUUCCAUUGUGUGUGUGUGUGUGUGUGUGUGUGUGUGUGUGUGUGUGUGUGUGCGUUUUUGUAUGAAGUAGGUUAAGGUCACACUGACCACAAGAUUAAAAACUCUGUCAUCCCAAUUUCUUUCUAAAGAUCGAUUUUGCCUACUGCAUGUUGUCAACAGAUACCACACAUGUUUAGGAGGUUUUUUGGUAAAGAUCAUAAUUGUCCAUUAAACUAGAACAUUUUUCGGAUUAUCAACGAUAUACUUUUGAGUGUUCUAUCUCAAGUUACUUGUUGCCACACUGUUACACAUGUUAUUUUGCCUGCCACAGAACAUUAUUCAUUAAAGAUUCAUUUAAUCGAAAAACAGUUUUAAGAUUAUUACAGUUCAGGUAUCAUGCACUUGAUGUUAUAAUCAUCAAUACCUCUUUUACAUUUUUCCAUACUGUUACAUAAUUCGAUACUCUUCCACAAAACAUUUUCAUAUUAAACACAGUUGUGUUAUCUUAAGGAAAUCUUUAAACACAUUGAAUACCAAAAUAGGUUUUGUAAAAAUUUCAGUGUCGUUGUACUUCAAUUCUAUUUUAUAAUUUAAAAAUGUGUAAGAUGUUCCAUCCUGAGAUACGUCUUAUUCCAUAUUAUUACACAUUUUCAUAAAGCUGCCCGCUUAGCUCAAUAGGGAGAGCGCCGAUCUAGGGAGAGCGUCGAUCUGAGGAUCGCGGGGUCGUAAGUUCUAUCCAUGGGCAGGGCGUAUGUUCUCCGUGACGAUUUGAUAGAAGACAUUGUAACUGAGUUUUUUUUUAUCUGGAGCUGGUUGUCUUGUUGUGUCACAGCAUUCAAUUUUUUUAAACUUAUGCAGAGUGGUUAUGUUUAUACUCGGCAAACUAUAGGCAUUACGCUCACAUUUCCUAUGGCAAUCAUGUAACAUGUAUCCAAUCUAAACGAUGUCAUUUCGCUUUUCAAUGCUGAUCUUUCUUUUUUGAGUUAUGUAUGUGUGUGCGAUGACCUUGCCGAUACAAUAUACAUAAGACGUGGAUUUCAUUUUAUUUUGGACAUAGAAGCAAAUAAUAUGGGUUCAGUUUUACAUAAAAGAUUAAUCACAGAACGGACAAAUGUAAAACCAUCAAAAUUUUGCAAAAGAAUAUUACAUCGACAUUGUGAAUAUAUUUUUGUAAUAGUUAAGUGAUGUCUCCGUAAAAUUUCAAGUUAAACGGUCAUUGAGUUUACAAAAAAAAAAAAAACUUUUGUCUAGGAUAGUCAUACAUGGUCUUACAUAAAUAUGACGUCCCAAAAACAUCUGAGUAAAACAUAAAAUAGUAAGAACUUAGGAAUACACCAAUAGAAACGGAAGACAAAAGUUUUAGUUGACCUAUUUUAAAAGCUAACUCCGUUAUCAAUAAGCAUUUAUUUUAAUAACUUGAUAGAUCGUUUUAUGUUUUCUAGUGAAAUAAAUGGUAAAAGAAAUCCAGUAUACGAGGGUUGUCCCAGAAAAUCGUAGACUUUUUUUAUUAUUUCUAAAAUAAGCCACGCAUUAAAUAAUUAUUUCAA